GAUCUACUUGCUAGCUUUUGCCCAUAGGCUAGCUUUCAGCCACUUCUUCAGCGGAUGAGGUUUUCUUGAGAGAGGCCGAGCGGCCCUACUCGUUUUGUUGGAGAUAAGAAAGAAUGAGUGUAACAUCCGGAGUUGCGCAGUGGGAGUCAGCUGACAGUUGUGGCCAACCAGCGGGUGUAACAUCUUUAAUGAAGAUACGCUGAACGGAGAAAAAUAGCUUUCUCCGUCUUCUCUAACCGUAUCAGCCGCGGAAAACAGGAGAGCUGUUAUCCUCGAUACAAGGCCACGACUUCCCGCCUUCCGCAGGAUGAGUGUCGGCGCUCCGAGAGGCCUGGCAAGCUCGGGGCAGAAGCCCAUCGCGGAGAUCCUCCACCCGCUGUCCGCCACCGAGGAGCUGCUCUCCCCGGGGCCAGAUGUCACCGUCACCAUCGGAGGGGACAAGGAAGCGGGAUUGACCAACGGCACACCGGUGGAGAUGUCGAGUCCCGCCUCUGCAUCCUCACUGUUCAACAGGCUGCAGCUGGAUGACGACCUGGAAGCGGACGCUCGGGACCCCUACUCCUCCACGGAAACACGUGAUCUUUUUGUCACAGUCGAUGACCCAAAGAAACAUGUGUCCACCAUGGAGACAUACAUCACCUACAGAGUCUCCACCAAGACAACACGAAUAGAGUUUGACCUGCCGGAGUACUGUGUGCGACGGCGCUACCAGGACUUUGACUGGCUGAGGAUCAAGCUGGAAGACAGUCAGCCGACCCACCUCAUCCCCCCGCUGCCAGAGAAGUUUGUGAUGAAGGGCGUGGUUGAUCGUUUUUCUGAGGAGUUUGUGGAGACGAGGAUGAAAGCUCUGGACAAGUUCCUGAAGCGAGUUGCAGACCAUCCUGUCCUCUCCUUCAACCCUCAUCUAAACGUUUUUCUGACUGCCAAGGACCUGAACAAGCGCCAGGGUCUGGCCCUGCUGUCCAAAGUAGGCGAGUCAGUGAGGCACGUGGCUGGAGGAUACAAGCUGCGGACACGGCCGGCCGAGUUCUGCGCCAUGGGAGAAUACCUGGACACCUUCAGCCAGAAACUGGGAACCAUCGACCGCAUUGCUCAGAGGAUCCUCAAAGAGCAGUCAGAGUACCUAACAGAGCUGCGUGAGUACGGCACGGUCUACUCUAGCUGGGCAGGGUCGGAGGAGGAGCUGCGACGCCCCCUGGAGGGCGUGGCUGGCUGCGUGACGACAUGCAGUGGGGCGCUGGAGGAUCUGAGUGAGAACAUGAGCCAGGACUUUCUGCCUGUACUCAGAGAGUACGUGCUCUACAUAGAGUCCAUGAAGAAUGUUUUGAGGAAGCGAGACCAGACCCAAGCAGAGUACGAGGGCCGACUAGAAGCAGCCAUACUGCGCAAACAGGACGACAGAACCCCUAUGCCAGCGGAGGUAGAGAAAUGCCAAGACAAAGCAGAGUGUUUCAAUGCUGACCUGAAGGCAGACUGGGAUCGCUGGCAGAGCAACAAGAGACAAGACUUCAAGCAGCUCCUCACAGGCAUGGCGGAUAAAAAUAUCAACUACUAUGACAAGUGCCAGGCAGCGUGGGAGUCUCUCAUAACUCUCCUCCAGGACAAACAAACUGAGGACAAGACAAGCGAGACGAACUGAAACAUCUGCUCGUGUCUCCGGCUCGUAUCCCUCUCCCCCUCUCUGUAUUGCACACUCUCUCAUGCCAAGGAAAAGGACCAGCCUGGCAGCAGAUCUGAACUGUUGGACUUUGCCCCCAAUCUCUUGUGAGGUGUACAGAGGGGGAGUCGUCUCUUAGAGACAGGGUUGUACGGAGGUGGUACAGUAGCAAAUGGUGUGUUCAAAGACAGUGGGGAAAGAGGAGACACCUGUUAUGUACAGACCUUUUUUGUCCCUGUUCUUAAUGACGGUUUUCUACAUCAUAUUUCCAGUUAACAGUUGGUUGCCAGUGCUAUUCGUGUUUAUUUGAUCACGGUCUCACAGAGACACGUUUUCUUUCUGUUGUCUCCAUUUUCACAUUGAGGCAAAUGUGAAGAUGAAUUCUUGAAAACCUUUUGAAUCCAGAUACUGAUAUUUUGCAGUAUGAAGUACCUUACCUUACUUUUUUUCUACAAGUAUUCAGAUCAUCCCCUGUUAGUUUGGAAAAACAAAACUUAACACCAGAGGCAUCAGAUUGGCUGUAAUUAGGAAGCAAGUUUGUAGUUGAUUUGUUGACCACUUUACAAAAGUUCAGAAACAUUACGGUUUCAUUAUACCUUUCGGGCCAGACGGGGCAAAGAAAAGGCAGGAGGUGUAGUGGCAGAUGUCAGACGAGGCUUCAGUAAAAGUCUGUUGUCUUUUUUUUUUUGCCGCACACCCUUACAGAUAUACAGACAAGCGCAAGUGUUGGAGUUGAUGAGUUUGAUUUGGGUUAUACUGUAUGUUUGUCUUUUGAGCACAGUACAGCAGCACCACCUCGUGGUCAAACUGCUUAUAGCCGAACAGUGUACUACCUCUGUUGGGUUCUCUUGACAUUUAUAUUUGACCAUGGCCAUUCAGCUGGGGAUGCUAAAUGCCACACUAAGCAGAUUUACCCAGUGAAAAGCACAGAGAGAGACAACUGUAAUUCAUUCUGUCUAAAUAAACCAUCAGAUAUCGAUGUUUGAAAGCACUUUUUAAUUAGUCAAUCUCAUUUACAGAUUUUUUUUUUUUUUUAAGAAACGUGGCAUUAUCCCACAACAGAAUUUGUGUUUUGUUUGAAGAGAAGUAAGUCUUAGUUUGGAGCUGUCAUGUGAACAGCAGGGGAAUUACACAUAUUCAUGCUGCUGCCUCACAGAGCAACUAACAUAAUUUAGGCUGUAAGGAAAAAUCUCUGCUUCGCUGGAAAGCAUCACUCAGUGAUGGGAAUGCUGUUCAAGUCAUAGUCAUGUAUUUCAGAAAUUCUAGUCUGAGUGAUGCACCCUUUACUUUAAACUCCAAAUUCCUUGUUUUAUUUCCCCUGUUAUGAGACUAAAUGACUCAGUAAAGUGGAAAUCAUUUUCAGUUUGGUUCUGUUGAAACCUCUGUGGCAGUUUGACGACCUGACCGCGUCUGCUGUGACUCAUGGGAAACAUCUGUAAGAAGCUGUAGCACUGCAACAUGUAUGACCAAAAACAUUUGUGCGACAAAUCCUUCCUUUUUUUUAAAUUUUAUUUUAAAAUGCUGCUGAUGUGGCCUUGCCUUGAAGGAAAAAUCCUGAGAUAUUCAGUUACAUGUCAGUGUGUAAUCUGUUCUGUGUUCUGACUUUUGUUUCUGUCCAUAGAGAGGUACUGUAGGUUGGCAGUUAUAGCAGAAAUGAUGACAGUGCCAAGAGGAAGACGGUAAAUGUUUCAGUGGUGCCAGUUUGAACCGCUGAAACAUGUACAGUGGUACUGUAGUGUGUUAGUCAUACAGUUAACCAGAGAUAUUUAAAAUCAAACAGGACCAAGAGCUUAAAUGAGAUUUACCAUUAUUCUUUCAAAUAUGUUCAUUUCAUCAGUGUAAAGUAGCGAAAACUUGACCAAUGAUGAACAGGGUAGACUCAGUCAAGUGACAUCUUCCCAGAACCCCAGUGUAGCCCCAUAAAUGGGAAAUAUUUCUCAGACACAAUAUAAUCAUCAUUUGGUUUAGUUUUUUAACUACAUCUCGAAUUACUGACAGAAACAAAGUGCUGAUUUACUUUUGAGACUGCAUGCUCAGAGGAUCUGUUAAAGAAAACGGUUUAUUUUAACUUUCCUUUUGCCAAAUUGUCUUUGAAUAACCUUUUUUUGGGGGGGGGUGAUGAUGUCAUCUUACUGAGCCUGCCCUCAGCGUAACCAAAAUGAAGUGAAAGUGAUGAAAUGAAGGUUUAGUACUAGGUCAGUUUGUUUUUUUUUUUGUUUUUUUUUUUGCUUCUGUUCCCCUUUAGCUUUAAAGGCAUGAAGCAGCUACUGCCAGACAUUGGCGAGGUAACAAAUGAAAAAUACUGUAUUUUAAUUUAGGAGGUUGAAUGUAGUCAAUUAGAUGGAGAGAGAAGAGUUGUUCUGGUCCAGUGUCGAGGCAGCUACAGGAGACAGUGCUACGGAUGCUAAAUUACUGUAUUUGUACUGAAAUGUUGAAAACGAAGAGCCAGAGUCAAAGGUGUUUAGAAACCAAACAAACCUUCUGUAUUGUCUGGCUCUUUCACAGAGUGUCACUAGCCCAAAUUACUGCUGUAAAAGAACUAUCGUUUAACUCUUUGCUAAUUUUCAGUAUUUUUUAUAGUCAGUGACAUUUCAUAUAAACAUGCAGCACAAAAAACGUUGUAAAUGUUGAUCCAGACCUCACCGAUUGAGUCGCUAUUAUUCAGUUACCAACACCAGGAAAUCAGAAAAAGGCAAUGCAUUGAAUGGAAGCCCCCUGUUGAGUUUUUGGCCACUAGUAGUGCUGCAUGGUUUUUGUAUCGCAAGGAAACAUACAAUGUGUUUUUGUAAGAAAAACAAUGUAAGCAUAAAUUUGUUUACAAGCAAACUCCAUGGUGCGACUUUAAACCAGAUUAGCGGUAUCAGACUGUAAAGUCGAAUACAGUCAUUUCCAAAGUCCAUUUACCAUUUGAUAUUGGUGCAUUACACUGUGAAAAUGAGACAGCAGGGGCAUGUGGCGAUUUCAGCCAGUAGAAAAUGUUCUCUGUAACAAUGGUACAUUUUAAUACUGUAUAUGGACUAAAGAAGAACUAAGAACUAAGGAAUAGUAGAUGUACCAAACAUGGUAAAUGUUUAAUGGAAAAAAGUCUGACAGUAAAAAAAACAAAAACAAACAAGUUUGAUCAUCCUCUGCUUUUUGUUUACUGGUUCAGAUUGGUAGUUGGUACCUGCUGUUUGUUUGCACACAGGCACUGUGACUUUCAAAGGGAGGUGUCGGUGCACCUCAAGACUUUCCCGAUAUCUGGUGUAAAUGAAGUACAUGUCACUGAUUAAGUGAACUGAACAAGCAGACUUGACUGAAAUUUCUUUUUUUGAUCUUAAGGCAAUAUACUGUACUGUAUAUUCAAUAUUCCCAAAUGUACAGCUAUAUGUAUGGUACAGCUGAGUCUAUUUUUGUACAAAAGGAUGAUGGCUAGGGUUCUAUGGAGUACUUUAAAAUAUUUUAGAAGGGGCUGGAGAUUUGCACUAGCAAUACAAAUCUGGAAUAACCAAAAUAUAAGGAAUGAAAAAUGUUAGGACAAUAGUUUUCAGAUUAAUUCACUUCUCCUUAAUCAUAGACAUCGUAAAAGGCCCCUCUUAAAUGAUGUGCCUACUGACUAACUUUGUGCACUAUACUCAGUACGUGGCACCACUUUCUGGCAGAAGAACUUCAUUUUCUUUCUUUCAGUUGCCAAAAAUGACAGUAAAUCGUCUGGUGCUGAACUGGACGUAUUGUGUUUCAGUUUGGAACAAUUAAUAAGGGCAAGAAAGGCAUAGUCUACAAAGCACAUUCAGGUUAAAUUCCCUAAACAAGGAUGUUUUUAAUUAAUGUACAAAUCAAAUGUUUACCUCCUAAUGUCCUCCCAUCAAGUCAGCACAGGAUAAACCUGAUCAAUUAAGCCUGUAAAGGAGUUUGUGACAUUCACAUGACUUCUGAACAUGUGAAUCUAGGUUGUCUUUUUCCUUCAGUCUCUCCCCAGGGGGUACUGUUUACGUUCAGAGUCCCUAUUGUAGUUUGGCUGUGAAUAACAUCUUGUAAUCACAAAUAAGCUUGUAUAUUGAUGUUGUUUUUGAUGGGUUGGGGGAUAUCUUGGACCAAUAAUAAAAAGUAUGAACAUAUUUGAUGG